AUGGCGUGUUUUUCAUGGAAUGUGCGUGGGUUUAAUAAAGAGUUGAAGCAUUCCAUGGUCAGAGAGUGGAUAAAUAACAGGGAGUUCAAGUUUGGUUGUAUUUUGGAAACUAGGAUGAAGGAGAGGAAGGCAGAAAAGAUUUUGAGUACUAUGUUUAGUGACUGGUCUUCUAUUACCAAUUAUGAAGAUAGUCAAGGAGGUAGAAUAUGGUUUCUGUGGAGAGAUUUGGUCCGGAUAACUCCUGUAUAUAAGACGGAUCAGUUAGUGACGGUAAGGGUUGAGAUGGAAAAUGAAGAGGGGUUUUUCUGUACAAGUAUUUAUGCUAGUAAUCAAGUAGAAGAGGGGAAGGUUCUGUGGAUGGAUCUAAUAUAUCAUCAUGAAUCUCCAACUUUUCAGAAGAAAGCUUGGAUAGUGUUGGGUGAUUUUAAUGAGACAUUGGAAGGGGAAGAAAGCUCGACUUUUGAGAAUGGUGGAAGAAUUUCUUGUGGUAUGAGGGAUUUUCAGUCUUUAGUUCUCAGAUGUCAUCUCACUGACAUGGCCUAUCAGAGACCUCAGUACACAUGGUGUAAUAAGAGAGGGGAGGGCAUUAUUUGCAAGAAACUGGAUAGAGUCUUGCUAAAUGAAGAAGCUCUUCACAGGUUUGGAAAUGCGUAUUCAGUUUUCGAGUCUGGUGGAUGCUCGGAUCAUAUGAGGUGCAAGGUCCAGUUAUUCCCUCCCAAAGAGAAAAUAAAGAGACCAUUCAAGUAUGUCAAUGCUAUGGGUAAUCUUCCUUCCUUUCUCCCUAUGGCGAGUGAGUUCUGGGAGGGAACAGAUCGUCUUUUUCAUUCUACCUCUACAAUGUUUCGAUUCUCAAAGAAACUAAAGAGUUUGAAGCCGUUGAUUAGAGAAAUGGGCAGAGAUAAGCUGGGGGAUCUAUCAAAAAGAGCUAAAGAGGCAUUUGAAUCUCUAUGUGCAAAGCAGAACUACACGUUAGCAAAUCCUAGUGAAGAAGCUAGUAAGGAGGAAGCUGAAGCUUAUGGAAAAUGGCUACGUGUUGCGAGUUUGGAAGAGGAUUUCCUAAAGCAACGUGCAAAGCUUCACUGGUUGGACGUGGGGGACCAAAACAACAAGACGUUUCAUAGAGCUAUCAAAUCUAGGCAAGCUAAGAACAUGAUUCUAGAAAUCAGAUGUAGGAAUGGAAAUGUGGUGAAUACUCAUUCGGAGAUUAAACAGGAGGCAGUCAGUUUUUUCUCUGAGUUUCUUAAUCGCAUACCAGAGAAUUUCCAGGGUGCAAGUGUGGAGGAGUUGUAG